AUUUCAUGCACGAGUCGCUGUUGUAUGGUCGCGGUGUUGGUGUUAAUAACGAUCGGGCAAAAAUGCCGCACAAUUUUCUUUUAUAACGUUACAAUUUAAAUUAAUAUCAAAACAACAAUGCCAAGGAAUGCAACUAUUCAUGGAAUAUUGUCGGUUAUUGAAUGGCUAACGUGUGUUUUUCGAAAAGUAAUUUAAUUAAAAAAAUAUAGAAAAAUCGAAAAUUGAUUUUCUCAAUGUGGCCUAAAUUCUUGAAAAAUCAAAUAAAUGCUAUGAAAAAUAUGAAAUAUAUUAUUUGAAAUAAUUUUGUAUGCCUCAGUGAAAAAUUUGAAAAUUUAUAUAUCAACCAACCGUGUUCUUAAUGAUUAAAACGUGCAUUCUAAGAGGAAAACCAAAAUAAUUAUUAAGUAAAAAAAAAAUAGUGAAAGUAAAUAAAGCGUUUAGAAAAAAAAAAUUAAUAAUAAUAAAAGCCAAAACAAAGAUUAAAAAGUGCAUUUGUUGUUUAUUUUUCUACGACGAACAUGAUCUUAUCUUUGGGAUUUUCAUUUAUUUGAAUUGGAUUAUAAGCUGCACAUAUUCUAGCCAUCGGAUUACAUUGAAGUAUGGAACUCAGUUCGGUGAUCUUGCAUAUAUCCUUUCUCGUUAUUUAUGCUAAAAUGUUGGCAUUCGGCUUCGCUGGUCCUGAGGAGCGGAAGUGUAAAUAUUUGCGUGUGGAGAAAAUGUUAAAGAUACGUUGCUACGAUAUGAACCUGAGGGAAGUGCCGCAGUAUUUAAAAUCCUCGGUGGAGGUUUUAGAUUUAUCAUAUAAUCGCAUCAGGAAACUGAAACGCAGCUCAUUUCAACCCUACAGAAGUGUGAAAUUUCUAUUACUCUAUGACAAUUUGAUACAAACCGUUGAACCGGGUACCUUCUCCGAUCUCAAAUCACUGCAGGAAAUUGAUCUAUCCAAUAAUGGCCUAUUGACAAUACCUAUGGAGCUGUUACAACUGCCUUCGUUGAGAAAUCUAUACAUUGAUAGCAAUGAAUUGAUAAAUCUGGAGCGAGAUCUAGAAGCUUUGGAAACUCCUAUAAGGGCGCCCUUGGAGUACAUUAAUGUGGCCGAUUGUGGUCUGCAAGAUAUACCCAAUUUUGGUAUAUUACCAAAAUUAUGGCACAUAAAUGCCUCCAUGAAUCCGCUGAUGGAUUUAAGCAUAGAACGAUUUGCCAAUUGGUGCAAUUUAAAAAGCAUUGACUUGACACAAUCGAAAUUAAAUCAAUGCCAGUGUCAACAGGUCAAUAAUCAUUUAAGAGCGAUAUCGGCUAAAACGAAAUUUGUUCCAGUCUGUUUGGAAACCUUUGAUAACUCUAUUUGCCCAUUGCCCUAUAAUUUUACCAUAGACUCGGAAACUUUUCAAACAUGCAAGACAUCGGUGGCCAAAGCGGAAGCUCGAAAUCUGGGAAUAUUUGUGACCGGUUGUGCCGGAGGCAUUCUUGUGGUGAUUUUACUUGUCUGGUACUGCAUACAUCGAAAACGCAAGAGACGCAAUAAAAAACUUCAAGCUGCUGCCUUGCAUCGCAAGAGUCUGGUGAUAUCGCCGAAAAAUGCCAUAAACAAAAGCGAGAAGGAAUUCCAUUUUAAUCACAACGAUGAGUUGUUGUGCUGUGAUACUGCCUGAAAGAAACAACCUAAAAUUCUAGUCCUAUGUUUAGGACUUUCACAUAAAGUGUCAAGUAAAAUAGAAAUGUGCCUCAAAUAUUUUAAAAUUGCUUACCAUAGAAAUAAGUUGUAAAAGUCUUAUUUAUUUUUAUUAUUGCCUUUAGUUUAUAGUUUGAGACCUAGAGCAAGACUAGUGGAGACUAGAGUACUAUAGGAUUAGAAAGAAUGCAAUGUGUGUGCCAGAGGUCUCCGAUUAUUGUCAGAUGAUCUUUGACCUUAACUUUUUAUUUAACAAAAUUCCUAGUCUAAGUUAAUAUAUUUCUAGUUUAGAUAAAGAUUUGCAUAGAAUCCAAAUGUAAACUUAAAGCCAAUCACCAUGGUGCCUUAUUAAAGUAAUCGAAGAGUUAUUAAUGUA